AUGAGCAUACAACUCCAGGACGGCCUAUCAGGGCAACCGGUAGAUAAAGUGCUCGAAGACCUAUUAGUGAGGUUUCUUGUCAAUGCACCUGAUGAAGAUUUAUCAUCUAUCGAGCGUAUCUUCUUCCAAGUGGAGGAGGCACAAUGGUUUUACUUGGAUUUCAUCAGACAACUCAACCCACUCUUGCCAGUCAUGAAGAUGAAGUCAUUUGCACCUGCACUUUUGUCCAAAUGCCCUCUCCUUUGGCGUUGGGGUGACCCUAGAGACGCAAUCUCGCGGUUUGGCAAGUAUAAAUCCACUAUCCCCGUCAGAGGAAUUGCAUUAAUGAACAAAGAUUUGACUAAAAUGAUUUUGGUCCAAGGAAUGGAUUCUGGAACUUGGUCUUUCCCUCGAGGUAAGAUCUCGAAGGACGAAACUGACUUGGAAUGCGCUAUUAGAGAAGUGAAAGAAGAGACAGGGUUUGACGCCAAGGGCUAUGUCAGUGAAAAGGACUUCGUCGAAAGAACAAUUUUUGGAAAGAACAUGAAGAUCUUCUUGGCUCGUGGAGUUCCUGAAGAGACUGAUUUUGCUCCAUUGUCUAGACACGAAAUCUCUCUGAUCAAAUGGUUUGAUCUUAAGUCGUUACAAAAGAAAGUGAAGUCAAAUCCGCAAAAGUUCUUUGCUGUUGACCCAAUUCUCAAGGCAUUGUUGGCAUGGGUUAACAAGAACAAGGGUUUGGUGAAUGAAGAAGAAUUAAUAAGAGAAGCGGAGGCUAAGUUGAAGGCAUUGAUGGGUAUUGGCGCCUCGAAUGAGAAUGACGACGCAGGUAGAGAAUUGCUCAAUAUUUUACAAGGAGCACCUCAUGCUGGUGUUCAAGACCAACAAGCUCCUCCUCAAACUUUCUCAAUUCCCCCACAAGCUCAGAUGCAAAACUUCAAUCCACAGCUACCUUCCAACUUUCAACAUCCUGGCUUCCUUCCUCCGUCCCAACCUCUUCCCCAAGCAUAUUAUCCAAUGCUUCCACCAGCACAUCUCCUUCCACCACCCCAACAACCAUUUGCACCUACGAAUACUCACAUGAGACCCCAGCAAGAUGUCAGUGUUCCUCAAGAUGUCAGUGUUCCUCAAGCUGUGCAGCCUCCUAUUCAGACUCCUCCAGUCCAGCAAACGCCUCAAGAGAAACUCAAUAAGGAGAAAGAAGUUUUGAAUGCGCCCCAUGAACUUCCUAAGGAAGCUCAGCAUCUUCUGCAAUAUCAGACGCAGCCUUUAGAGCCUUCAGCCCAAAGUCUUUCUCUACCAAAAAGAAUUUCAACCUCAAAGAACUCGAAAGAGUUUUUGUCAUUGCUUCAGAAGGCUCCAAAAAGUUCAACCCACGAUCAUUCUUCUGAAGCUUCCGCGGAAGCAAAGCAACGUAAUAGAUCAAGAGCGGAUGAGUUACUUCUGUUGUUCAAGAAGAAAGAUACUGGUUCUGAAACUUCGUUACAUCUGGCCAAGUCUAUUGAUAAGGUUGGCCUUCCAGCCACUCCUGAUGCGUCUAUCGUUCAUCAAGAAGAUGCCGAAGAAAGCAGUGCAGAUUCAGUGAGUCGAUCAAACACCCCAAAGAAGAUCACGCUAUUAAAGAGAGAAAAAGACAAAGAUGCAUCAGCUACUUUGCUUGGACUUUUAGGAAAGCGUCCACCAAAGGAUGAAAGCACUGAAGUGCCGGUCGCAGAAGAUGCUGGAAGAGAGGAACUGACGGAAGCUGAAUCUUCGAACCCAUCUGCGUCCUUGUUGGACAUACUCAAUGGCGGCAAGCUGCCAGACUCUGGUGACAAGAACCAGGUAUCAUCCCCACAACCAGUAUCACUGACUGCAUCUGCCGAUCUUCUUGGAAUUUUGAAGAAGGGAAACACCACAAACAAAAGUCAGCAAGAACAAUCGCCACAGCCAUCUGAGAGACCAAUCAGAAUUGCAAAAAAGAGUGCUGGAACACCCAUUGAUCUCAAGGAUAUUUUGACAAGAAAUGCUGCUGGUCCCGAAAGCUCCCAAGAGCAAACACCUGCUUUCAACCCUCCUUCCAAACUGAAAACGACAAAUUCCGCUGGUAAUGAUAUACUCGACCUUCUUAACAGAAAGUCUGCUACUCCAGAUGCGGUCAGAAUUACCCCACAGCCAGAGCAGGCGCCAGCCGACAACUUUGAAGAUUUUGAAGAUUUUGAGGACUUUGACAAUCUUGAAGAAAAUGGUGGUGUGGCGGAAUCCCAAAUUAGACCAUAUGUCGACAGUACUGAUGAUGAUGAUUUCGAAGACGCCCAAGCUGCCCAUCCAGCUCCUCAACAACCGGCACAAACCGACUUACAGGAGCACACGACGCUGUCACCCGCUUUCCAUAGAUCUGAUAAUUUUCAGGACAUCUACGGAGCAAGUAACGAGACUAUUACUUUACCAAGUCAUACUGCUCCUAGACAGAAUCCAACGGACCAUGGCGCUAACCUACUUGCAUUAUUAGGAAAGAAAGCACCAGCUAAACCAGCAUCUUCGGCAGCUCCUCAACCAUCCGAGCCGCUGUCCUCUUCUGGCCGAAACGAGUUAUUAAACCUCCUCAGACGCGGACCACCUAGUUAG